AUGACAAUACGUGGCGUGGACACAAUGCACCCGACAUCGCGCAAUGACUCCGACUGUGAAUCUUUAUCUUAUAGCCCUUAUAUAAUCCCAGCUCUCUUCUUUCUGAUGUUCCCCAUUGCUUUGUUUCUAAAUGUUGUAGCAGCCUGGGUGUCUCUCCAGCUAAAGUCUACCUCCACAUUCGUGGUGUACCUGAAAAAUCUGGUAGCCGCUGACAUUAUUCUGACCUUCUUGAUCCCAAUUAAAUCUGCAGACAGUUUACCAGGUGCGUUUGAAAUAUUAGCUAUCCCCUCAUGCCGUUUUUUUUCUGUAUUCUUUUACAAUACUCAGUACACGUGCAUCACUCUUUUGGGCUGUAUAAGUGUGGACCGUUUCUUCAAGAUAAUGAUGCCACGCAGCAGAUGGUUUGGCCAGAAUUUGACCCUCAGCAAAAUUAUAUCGGCCUCAGUCUGGGUGAUUAUGUUUGUCUGUACAGGCUUACCUAAUAUGAUUCUAACAAGCAAAUCCACAUUCAAUGUCACAAAGAUCAGUUGUAUGAACCUGAAAGAAUCAGUAGGAAUAGAGUUCCACCAAAAAACUGUACUUUAUCUUAACGUUUUCUUUUGGCUUGUCAGUGUAGUCAUUGUGGUUUGCUACAUUUGCAUCACAAACAAAGUCAUCCAGUCCUACAGAAACUCAGGCAGCAACAACAACCAGGGAAAGCAGAAAGUCAAGCUGCGUGUUUUUCUUGUAGUCAUUGUCUUCUUUGUAUGUUUUGGUCCAUACCACCUUGUCAGGAUCCCCUACACUUUUCAACAAGUCAGCUAUUCCGAUGAUGACAAAUGCUCUUACACUUAUGAUCAGAUGGCCUUCGCCAAAGAACUCACCCACUGGCUAGCUACAACAAACAUCUGCAUGGACCCACUCAUCUAUGUUUUCUUGUGCCGAGAGUUCAAGGAGAAAUUGACAUCUAUGGUGAAAAAUGGCUUCUUCUCCUCAAAAUCAGUUGAGGAACAGAAAAUGAACAACACUCCGCCCAACAUCUCUCUUAAGUGCACUAGGGAUACCAGUGUCACAUCGGUGGUUUUCCCCUGCCUGUACAGCAUCCUUUUUAUAGUUGCCCUGAUACUGAAUUGCCUGGCCGCAUGGAUCUUCUUCAACAUCACCAGCACCUCAACAUUUGUCGUCUUCCUCAAAAAUGUGGUGGUGGCUGACUUGCUGAUGACCCUGACCAUCCCUCUGAAAGUCUUUAGUGAUGCGGGUGUGGGCUCGUGGCGUCUACGAGCGUUCUAUUGCCAAUACUCGGCCGUUCUCUUCUACAUCACCAUGUACAUCAGCAUCCUGCUGCUGGGCUUCAUCAGCUUGGACCGCUACCUGAAGAUCGUCAGGCCCUUUGGAAAAUGCAUUCUGCAGCGAGUUCGUGUUGGUCAGGUGUUGAGUGCAACUGUUUGGGUGGUGAUGCUGUCUUUGGCACUGCCCAACGUCAUUCUCAGCGAUCAGCCGCCUAAAUUCUCUGGAGGCAAACUCAAGUGCACCUCCAUGAAGAGUAAAGCCGGCCUACUGUGGCACGAAGGAUUCAACUACUUCUGUCAGGUUAUUUUUUGGGGCACGCUUGCUGUCAUGAUCGUUUGCUACACAUUUAUCAGCAAGAAGGUGUACGAGUCAUACAAGGCCUCAAAGAGCAGAUCAAAGGGUGCAAGUCGCAGAACUAAGGCAAAAGUCUUUGUGGUGGUGGGGGUGUUUUUUAUUUGCUUUGCCCCUUUCCACUUCGCUCGUGUUCCAUAUACUCUGACCCAAACCCGUAGCACGGCAAGUCAUUGCCGGGCACAGAAUGCACUGUACGUUGCCAAGGAAACCACCCUGUGGCUGUCUGCCACAAAUGUGUGUCUCGACCCGCUUAUCUAUGUCUUCCUGUGUAAAGUGUUCAGAAAGAGACUUACAGCCACAUUCUGCAAAGCCACCAGAGAAUCACCCACGGCAACGUCGACACAACUGGAGAUGUCAAAAAUAAACCAUAGCACCAGAAUGUCUUAUGAUGGCAUGUCAUAGACUGAUCAAAGUACAGCCCCACUAAAUCAAUAACUGCUGUAAAUCCAAGGCGAGAUGGUUUUUUAAGAGUGACGAUAUACAGCUAUUUUUUCUGUUGAUAUUAGUUACAAAACCAAUUUUAAUUCCAGCACAAGAUAUUUAUAUUGAGACUACAGGGACAUGUCAACUGAAAAAGUCACACUUGUCUUAGAGUCUUCAACUUUGAGAUCUUCUGUUUCUCAGCUGACAAAGCAUUUUUGGGCAGCAUUCGCUGACUCAUCCAACACAUUUCCUCGAUUUUCUAAUCUUGUUCAAACUGUACUUUCCCUUUGAGGAACUAAGGCUCAAGCAUAAACAUCUUGGAAUUGCAAAUAGCAUACAAAGUAUUAUUUUAACAGGAACUGGCCAAUAACAUCUGAGCAAGGGAAUAAGUAGGCUACAGAAGAAGUUUGGAAGAAUUUGAAUAGUAAAUAGUAGUUACUAUUAAAUAUCAUACUGUAAUUGCUAAAUACUCAUAUUAGUCAUAAACAUAGUCAUUUUGUGGGGAUAUUAACAUAAUUCUAUCUUGCAUCAUUCUAAUGUUAUCAAUAGUUAAGCAAAACCCCAAGACACAGCAUUCCUUUCGUAGUACUUUUUACAGAGCCAAAGAUAAAGUCUGAAUAAAUUCUCCUUUUUUAGGGGCAAUGUAUAAUUCAUUUUGAAGUUCCAAUGUAUGAAACAGAUCUUCCAAGAAGCAGUAAAAGUUUUCAUAGUGAUCCAUUUAACUCCCAUUCUGCAAAAAUAUUGUGUUGUAAAUAUCAGAACAAAGUCCUGCAUUGAACAUUGUACUUUAAUGUGUAUUGUCACAAAAUUGUAUAUAAAAGCAGAGAAUGUCUUAUGACUGUUACACUGUCUUAUUAUUGUGUAUUUAAAAUCAUUUGGGUUUGCAUUGAGCUUAUUUAGUAUACGGCUACAAACAGUUAUUAUCAUUAUUUUUUGGCUCUGUCAUUCCAGAGACAAAAUGUAAAAUGAAAUAUUGUAUGAAUUGGCUUUUUUGUGUAUAUAUUUGGACAUUGUUUUUUUGUGUAUUGAAUUUUUCGACAGUAUUCUUGUCUAGC